AUGCACCCUGAAGUUGUUGUGUUAAGUCUCAUACUGCUUCUAACAGAUGCUGUGGUUUCUUAUACUCAAGUGAGUGGAGUGGUGGGUCAUCCGGUCAUUAUUCCCUGUAGCUACUCAGUGGCCAGUGGAGUCACAUCCAUGUGCUGGGGCCAAGGGGCAUGUCCUACAUCUAAAUGCUCAAAUGAACUCAUCUGGACUGAUGGAUCUCAAGUCACCUUCCGGAAACACAGGCGUUAUAAGCUGGAGGGGAACCUUUUGCAAGGGAAUGUGUCUUUGACCAUAGAGAAUGCAGCUAAGACUGAUAGUGGCCUGUAUUGUUGUCGAAUUGAGCAUAGCGGGUGGUUUAAUGAUAUGAAACUCACCUUAUCCUUGGAGAUUAAACCAGCCACAGACACAAGUGUUCCUAUGACACCUAGGGUCUAUACCUCUGCUUCUUCAACGCCAGCACACACACAGAACCACAAACCAGUAGCUACUUUACCUACUACAACUCAGGCUGCAGAGACCCAGACUAAGACCCUGCAGGAAACAAGGACAUCCUCUGCCAGCUUACCACUCUACUAUUGCCCAACAGAUGGGAACAGCACCAUGACACAGUCUUCAGAUGGCCUUUGGCAAAACAAUGAGACUCAGGUCUUCCCAGCACAAAGCCCAGGGAUGACCAAUGGCGGACUCUACGUCGGAAUCACAAUUUCCACCUUGGUGUUGCUUGCUGUUUUGAUUGUCAUAAUUAUCAAAAAGUAUUUCUUCUCCAGAAAGAAGAUGCAGCCACUAAGCAUGGCUUCAUUGACUGGUCCUCAAAUUGGAGUCCUGCAAAGUGAAGCAAAUGCACGAGCCCGAGCAGAAGACAACGUGUACAUCAUUGAGGAUAAUCUUUAUGUCAUGGAAUAAGACCCAGGGGCACUCUUGGGGUUUUAAGUCCAUGACUGCAGAAGGUAGUGACCGGAUAUCACCAUGUCUGCCUCCUUUUAAACUCCAGGAUCACUUUUCUCCAUCAUUUCACCUGGCAUUCCAACAUGUCAGCCACAUCAGAUAGAGUGACUCUCUAGCUCAAAGCUCUGUACAAACUCAUUAACAGCAUUCUAAUUUUUAUACUAAAACUAGCUCAGU